AUGCUGAUAUCGAGACUUCCCUUAUCUCGAUUGGCACUCAUCAAUGCUCGUCUAUCAUGGAGCCGUCGCCUUCAAUCCUUGAAAGGGGCCCACGGAUCGGUACACGGAUCUGCGCGACCGCGAAACCCUAGACAAGGAAAGCAGCCAGCGCUUUCUUUGUAUGAAGAGCUAUUUCCAGAAGAAGCUGCGAAAAGCCAUGACGAUCCCUAUGUGCAGCCAGAGAAAGAGGCGCCAAUUCCCCGUCUCGCUCCCUUCAAACCCGAUAUCGAAGACCCCACCAUCACCGACCAAGUACCCAUAAACCGCUACAGCUACGACAAAGACCCUCUCACCCCCCAGAACAUCACCAUUCUUACCAUCUCUGCAGCCAGCAAAUCCCUUACGGAAGCCGACUUCCGGCGCGUCGCCCCCAAAGGGCAGCACAUUAAAGACUGGAAUGGGCCUGGCGAGAUUCUCAAAGUGAUCCCAGCACGCAACCCCCGCACCCUCGCCCAACUGCCAACUUACUUCCUCCUCUUCCCCCGCGACACCCACGCUCUCAUCUAUAAAGACCACAUCGAGCGUCUCCACCGCCUCAGCCAGAUCUACACGCCCACGAGCAUCGAGUCGCCCUUCCUCUAUCACCCAGGCCGGACAUGGCAGAAGGAACCCCCCAGGUCCUCCGACCCCAACAACCCCGGCCUCAAAGACCCCAGCAACCCCAGUCCUCAACAAGCGCAGCAGAAAGAAUCAAAUCUCUCAGCCACAGAACGGGAAUACGAAGCCCUAAGCUCCUACGCGCUCUUCCCCCCUCUCAAACCCCGCACAUCCAGCUCCGCCGCGGUCCCUAUAGCGGAUUUGGGCUACGCGCCCAUCACGCGCGCGGGACCGAGGAAGGAAGAUCGGAGUGGGAGGGCGGUCAUGUUUUGGGUUGAGGGCACCAGGCAGCCGAGUACGCAGAUGGUGGGGGAGAUGAUGAAUUCGGAUGGGAGAGAUAGGGGAUUGUAUUGGGAGGUUAAGGUGGAGGAGUUUAAGGAGAGGGAGGAUCCGUUGAAUUCACCGGUGUCGGAGGAGGGUGAGCGUGGGAUGAAGGAUGGGGAGGAGGAAGGAGAGGGGGAUGGGGAAGUGGGCAGGCAGGCGAGGACGAGGAGGUGGAUAUUGACGUUUGCGGGAACUGAGGAGGCGAGGAGGUUCGUGAGGGGGUGGCAUAUGAGGGUCAUUUCGGUGGCGAGGAGGGCGGAGGACGCAUUGGUUCACACGGAGCUCCUGUGGUAA